AGUAAGAUUGCAGGAGCUCAGUGGUGCUGUCUUACCCUCCUCUCUCACUCUCUCUUUCUUUCUUGCUCUCAUUCUUUGCUCUUGUUCUCUGAUUCAGCUCUAAACAUGGCAGACGUUUUUGUUGGCACAUGGAACUUAAAGGAGAGCAAAAAUUUCGAUGACUACAUGAAAGCCCUCGGCGUGGGCUUUGCCACGCGUCAGGUUGGCAGUAUGACCAAGCCCACAACCAUCAUUUCCUUGGAGGGCGACGUCAUCACACUUAAGACCAUCAGCACUUUCAAAACCACAGAAAUCAAUUUCAAACUGGGAGAAGAAUUUGACGAGACCACUGCAGAUGACCGUAAAGUCAAGUCUGUGGUAACUGUAGAUGGAGGCAAAUUGGUUCAUGUUCAGAAAUGGGACGGUAAAGAGACAACCCUGGUCCGAGAUGUCAAUGACAACAGCCUCAUACUGACAUUGACGCUUGGUGACGUUGUAUCCACACGACACUAUGUAAAGGGGGAAUAAAGGGAAACCUCAGUCACAACCUGUCCUCAUCAAUGGUUAUGUACAUUUCCAAUGGAUUUUCUGUGGUGUUUCAUUUGCACAGUUCCUCAAACACUGAAUAAAAUUCCACUUUCAUACCUCCAGAUGUCUGUAUUAGAGCUCAUAUACUGGGUGUGUGAUAUGCUUCUUCAGUCAGUGUUAUGGCAUAUGCCUUUGGUCUACAAUAAAUGACAUUUGCUCCAAA